AUGUCUGUUGCUGCCCCCUACAAGCCCUCCCCCUUGCGUUACAGCUCGCCGCCUUCCCGCAGCUCGCCGUUUCGUCGGCCAGAAUCACCAGCCUCUCCGUCACCACUGCGACGCUCUACCCCGACGACUUCCACUACAGAGGCCGGGCCAGCCGCCGCCGGCGCAUCUCGAUUCUCGCGGACCGGCAGCACCCCUUCCACCCCGCGGGACAGCUGGGCUCCGCGUCAACAGCUGGCCGGCACCAUGAGCAGCUCGACCACGCAACCUCUGGGCAGCGGAACCGCCCUGUCGCAGCUCCAGCCUGCGCAAGUGAGGAUGCUGCGCGAUGGAUUCCAGAUUCUCGAUCGAGAUUGCGAUGGCCUCGUCAACCGGGAGGAUGUGGCCGAUAUGCUGGGCCAGCUAGGACUCCCCAACGGGGCUUCGGAUGUUACGCAAUUCUUCCCUCCGGCAAGGCCGCAAACCAUUGCCCUGGCGGCGUUUCUCAAUUCGCUGGCCGAGACGCUUUGCGAGCUGUCGCCAAGCGCAGAGCUGCUGUCGGCCUUUUCGGCAUUUGACGUCGACGACAGCGGCCAGGUUGACUGGACCGAUCUCAGAGACGCGCUGCUCAACACGGCUCCGGAGCCUGGCGAGAAGCCCCUCACAGAGGCGCAAGUCGAUCGAGUUGUCAGCGGCUUUACCGGCAGGCGCGCCUUCAAUCGAAAUAUCAGCGCGCAGCUGGGGGCCAAAAGGGGAGAGGUGUUCAGAUACAACGAGUUUGUCAGCUCCGUCAUGGGAUCCAACUCGGGCACAGAGGGCUCGUCGAAUGACGUCUCGGAGUAA